UCAGUGGAUGUGAUGAUCGACGCACCCAAGCUAGAUUUCUUUGAGUCGUUUUUACAAACACUUGCUGCCCAAAGCCUCAAUGGAUGUGAUGAUCAACACAAUACCGACAUAUUGCCCAGAUUACAAGCAUACUAUAACAAUUACAAAGUGGUGAAAAUCAAACCAUUGAGUGGGCAACGAGAAUUGUGGUGGGCGACGACUUGGUGGGUGACGGAGCUUGGUGGCGGCGCAAUGAUUUAUACUGUGGUGUGCGACGCCGAGUGCAUUAAAACUACGAAGACAACUUGUGGUGGACGACGGAGCUUGGUGGCGGGGCGACGCUACUGUGGUGGGCGACGGAUCUUGGUGGCGGGGACGAAGCUUGGUGGUGGCGACGUCCGAACGUUUCUCACAGUUGCUGUCGUUCAUGGAGCUGUGAUCUGGGGAAGGGGUACGGGUUGUUCGCAAUGGGAAGGGCUUUUAAACGAAGGGGUACAAGCUGUAAUCAGAUGGGCCGUUUCGAAGAGGAACUGUUUUCGAGUAGAUGCUCCUCCCACAAUCUCGCAUCGUCACCAGAAGAGUUGGCAGAAGUCCCAACAACCAGAUCAAGUGCAAACCGGCUAUUUUAAUAUAACUUCCAAGAGGAGAAACGGGCGGAUCCGAAGAGAGUCGGUCUGA